AUGACUGUCCUCGCCCCCCAACCUUGGACGCUUUCCCGUGGUCGUGAACGGUUCCGCGAUUGGGAAAUGUUCGAACCCCGAGGUGAAGGGCAGCCGAUUUCGCUGCCUUCUCUCAAACAGAUUUUCCCCGAACUCGAGUUGAGUUUCAACGGUGGUGACGAUAGGUCGCGAACCCAUGACAGCAGCAUUCGGUUCAUGUCGCCCGACUUUCUCCUUUCACCUCGCAAGCGGGGAAGGUAUGAAGAUGAUGCAGAGGAGGAGGAGGCUCAGAGAAGAGUGCCGCGGGUGCAUCGAGGCCCUAGGCAUCGAGUCCACGGCUCUCCUCGCCAAAGCCCUAGUGCUCUAAGGAGAGUAGAGAGAUGGCACAGCGUCAAUGGAACGACAGUCUCACCCGGUUCAUCGUAUUCCCUUCCCGCGCCAAUGGAGGUACAAGACAUGUCAAGGCCUCGUGUCCCUCUGCCGAGCUUAAGAACAACCAUGAAUUUCGACAACGAGUCCCAGCAUAGCCAGGAGAGCACCCACAGCAACUACCGAGACUACGGGAGAGCGUACAGCCAAGAUUAUACCCACUACAACACUCACAGCCACUAUCAGUCACAACCCUCAAGCCCUGGUCGACCUUAUGACCGAACACCAUUCUCAGCUGGCGUAUAUCACAACCCCCAUUACAUGGAGACGAACCACGCGAGCCCCUAUGGAGAGUUGGGAGCUAUGGCUGGCGAGAGCAAACAGCGAAAGAGGCGCGGCAAUCUGCCCAAGGAGACAACAGACAAACUACGGACUUGGUUCGUUCAACACCUGCAACACCCAUACCCUACAGAGGACGAGAAGCAGGAGCUAGUGCGCCAGACUGGCCUACAGAUGAAUCAGAUUUCCAAUUGGUUCAUCAACGCAAGAAGGCGCCAACUACCUCACCUGCUCAAACACGAGAGAGGAGAGGCUGAUGCCGCAGGCCGGGCCAUUCCCAGCCGUGAAGGCAAAUCUGAUCCCUCGUCCAUCGUCUCGUCGCCCCUUAGUGAGGCCGAGGCCCAUUCAAGCGACGAAAUUCUUCAGCGCCAUCGGCGCGGAAGCUUAAAGCGGGGCAGUGUAUGA